UAACCUCCAACAUGGCGGCGAGAGGCCAUGUGCAAGACCCUAACGACCGGAGACUCAGACCCAUUUACGGUAACAAUUCGCAGAAAAACAGCACAUUGUGUCUGGUUAGAUGUUUUGUCAGUGUUUAUCGACGUACCGGAGUGGUCGUCUGGUCAGUACCUUGUGUCCGGGACUCGGUGGGCAGUACCGCGGCCCCCGAACAAGUCCUAGCCCCGUUCUCAAUUCACCUGCAGUGCUGAAUGACAGUGCAACUUGAGUGGAUGUCAGCACAAUUCUGACAGCGCACACCUGCAGACCGUUUGCCCACCAAUAAUGCACAAUGAGACCGCUUUGCUUUAAACGAAACCCCAAAAGAGUUUCAACGAUCAGUCUCUCUCACUCGUAAAGUUCAGGUCUCCUAUAUUUGACAGCUAGCUAGCUACCGGUAAGCUACCUACAGCUAGCUAGCCACGUUAGUAUGCAGAAACCGUGAUGAAUCUGAACCGUAUUGCAAAUAGUUUUGUAUGUGGCAGAAAUAUCAACAGCUAACUAACGUUAGCUAGCUAGGUAGCUAGUUGUUCAGAUACAGUACAUUGGGGUGUAUUAUUAGUUACACAAAUUGAUCAGACACAUUUUACCGUCCGAGCUAGCUCAGCUCGCUAGAAAAGGCUGCCACAGAGGGGCAAGACAAGAUGUUCAUGGUUGUGAACUGUGAUGCCAACGUUAGCUAGUUAACUAGCUAGCUGGUUAGCUUGCUUUAUUAGCGUGUGUUUGAUUUCGUGCCUCACUCUGCUGAUGUUAGCUCAUUGGGUUAUACAGAUCAAUGAUCAUGGCUAGCUAACGGUAACGUUAUGUGUCAGAUGGGCAUAAGAGGAUUAAGGUUGGCUAGCUUGAUAUGCCUGGUUGUGUUGAUGCUGUAACGUUAGCCUCUGUUUUUGGCCAUUCGAUUACAUUUUAGUGACGUGUUCCAUCAUACAGAUAACUAGAUCGUUAGAUUUAUAUUAAAGACUGCUAUAAUAAACACUCACCAUUGUUGAGGCUUCUCUUUCCUCUAAACUUUUCUCUUUCCUCAAAAGCUCUGCUAAAAUCAUGUUGAUAAUCACGUGACAGAUGUUGUCAGUGAGUGGACAGUGAGCACACAAUGAAAAAUCUAGGGGAACUCGGUUCAUGAGGAGUGUAAAUGUAAGAGUGGAAAAAAAUAAAAUGGCCAACAGGAGACACAAUUAUUUUGGCCUAGCUGUCAUUUGGGCUGAUGGCGUAGUGUAGAGCACUGUGUCUGUCUGUCUGGCAGGGUUAAUUUUGGCACCCAGCUGUCUAGAAGCCUAUACUCCAAGCUUGCCCUGGGAAAGGGACUGUGUGUGUGUGCUCUGUUGUGAUCCACAGGAGGACCACAGUGAGAGAGUUGUGUGUAUCAAGGUUGCAAACAAUGGCAGAGGUCAGAGACCGAAUACACAGACACUGUCGGUUGGUCAUACAAAUAGAUAUUCUAAUCUUGUCACGCUCUUGGGCACUCACACAAAUACACACAUGCCCAAACACCUCCACUCAAGACAGUACACAUAGUGAACCACAUAAACGCGCUCACACACACCACAGAAUGUAUUUGCAUAUUUAGUUUGUCAGACAGGCAGUGGCAGAAUGCUGCAGUCUCAGCUGGUUUUAGAAAGUUACUCCUCUUGUUUUUUGUUCUCUUCUAAAUAUCAGGGCCAUGAAUAUAUUUUUCAAAGUCUCUCCCAGUUACUGUAUUAUUAUUGUUGUCAUGUCCUUCAUACAUCUUGAAAAUGUCAUUUUAGAAACUCUUUUUAGAGCCUGAGAAUAGCUUUGGAUGAAUUAUGUAAAUCUGUGCAGGUUUUAAAAAACCGGUGGUUGCUGCGGCAUCUUAGUACUCCAUGAAUGGUUUGUAGAGAAAUAGAAGGAAUAGCUCCUUUGUGUGGGACUUGACUGGGUGUGGCCGUGUGCGUCAUGCUAUGUACUGUAUGGAGUAGGUUGACUGAUGCUGUGAUGUCAUCUCCCAUCAGACUACCUGGACAAUGGCAACAACAAGAUGGCGAUCCAGCAGGCUGACAAACUGCUGAAGAAACACAAGGACCUGCACUGUGCCAAGGUUGGUGGGACUCUGGCUCUGGGCUAUAUUUAGGGCCCAAGAUGGACCCCAGAGUUGUUCCUGGUCUGGUCCAAAACUGACCCCCUAGGCCCCUAUCUAAAACCAUACCACUAACAUCUACUCCCUACCCCUAUGAUGAUGAUGGUGGCAUGUUACUCAGGCAGAUCUCCCUCUCCCCAGGUGUUGAAGGCCAUCGGUCUGCAGCGAACAGGGAAGCAGGAUGAGGCGUUUAGCCUGGCCCAGGAGGUGGCCACCCUGGAACCUACCGAUGACAACUCACUACAGGCUCUCACUAUACUGUACCGGGAGAUGCACCGCCGUGAGUACACACACACACACACACAGAGAGAGAGAUAACUCUAUAUGAUCUUUUAGAUGCUGUGACGGUGUUGACUCUCCCCGUCCCCUCCUCUCUCUCUAGCUGAGUUGGUGACUAAGCUGUAUGAAGCUGCGGUGAAGAAGGUUCCCCUCAGUGAGGAGUAUCACUCUCACCUGUUCAUGGCCUACGCCCGCGUUGGAGAGUACAAGAAGAUGCAGCAAGUCAGAAUACACACACACACACACACACACACACAGUAAUAACAUGUAAACAAAUGAUGUAUUAUGCUACAGUAAUUCAUGUAUUUUGUGUAGUUCUAACUAAUGUCUCUUUCUCUCUGGCUGUAGGCAGGGAUGGCUUUGUAUAAGAUUGUUCCUAAGAACCCAUAUUACUUCUGGUCUGUCAUGAGUUUGGUCAUGCAGGUAGGCAUGGUCUCUCACUAGAUAUAACCAGUGGCCAGUUUAUUAGGUACACGAAAAUCGAUCGCUCCUGCAGACAGUGAGUCACGUGGCCGUGGCUUGUUAUAUAAAGCCGGCAGACAGGCAUCGAGGCAUUCAGUUACUGUUCGAUUGUACGUUAGAAUGGGCAAAACAAGUGACCUUAGCGACUUUGAGCGUGAUAUGAUCGUCGGUUCCAGGUGCGCUGUAUCCAGUAUCUCAGAAACGGCCGCCUUCCUGGGCUUUUCACGCACGACAGUGUCUAGGGUUUACAGAGAAAGGUGCGACAAACAAAAAAACAUCCAUUCAGCGGCAGUCCUGUGGGCGAAAACAGCUCAUUGAUGAGAGGUCGAAGGAGAAUGGCAAGAAUCGUGCAAUGCUAACAGGCCGGCCACAAACAGACAAAUAACGGCACAUUACAACAGUGGUGUGCAGAACGGCAUCUCGGAAGGGCUAUUGUAGCAGACGGCCACACCAGGUUCCACUCCUAUCAGCUAAAAACAAGAAGAAGAUGCUCCAGUGGGCACGCGAUCACCAACACUGGACAAUUGAGGAGUGGAAAAACAUUGCCUGGUCCGACGAAUCCCAGUUCCUGUUGCGUCAUGCUGAUGACAAAGUCAGGAGUCCAUGGCCCCAUCCUGCCUGGUGUCAACGAUACAGGCUGGUGUUGUACUGGGGUGGGAAAUGUUUUCCUGGCACACGUUAGGUCCCUUGAUACCAAUUGAGCAAUGAUUGAACGCCAUGCCCCAAAGCAUUCAGGCCGUACUGGAGGCAAAGGCGGGGUCCGACCCUGUACUAGAUGGCUGUACCUAAUAAACUGGCCACUGAGUGUAUAUAGCUUGUGUGACUGACUCUGUAUGUGUGACUCUGUAUGUGUGACUGUGUGACUGUGUAUGUGUGACUGUGUGACUUUGUAUGUGUGAGUCUUUAUGUGUGACUGUGGGUGGUUGUUUGCUUGCAUGUGUGUAAUUGCUCUGUGUGUUUCAGGCCAUCUCUGCGCAGGAUGAGAAGCUGGCCCAGACCAUGUUCCUGCCCCUGGCUGAACGCAUGGUGGAGAAGAUGGUCAAGGAGGAGAAGAUCGAGGCUGAGGCAGAGGUGCAGCUGUACUUUAUGAUCCUUGAGCGACUGGGGAAGUGUGUGGAGGCUCUCGACAUGGUCCGAGGUCCACUGGGAGGUAAGAGUGGUGUGUGUGUGUACACAGAACAGAGAUUGUGUGUGUUAGAGAGAGACCCAGAGAGAGGAUUUGUGCAGCUUGUAGGUUGUGACUUAUUCAUGUCUUUCUACUCAUUCUGUGUAUGUGCAUGGUUCCAUAGAGAAGUUGACCAGUGAGUUGCGGAGCAGGGAGAAUAAGUGUAUGAUGAUGUACCAACGAUUGCAGCUCUGGCCUGAAUGCAACGCUCUGUCCUACAAGCUACUGCUCAAAAAGUGAGUACACACAUAUUCAUAUAAAUAGUCACAUUUAUGCACAUUCAGCAUUUGUGUCUUAAAACUCUCCCCCACUAACUCCCUAUCUUUCUCUCUCUCUCCUCUCUCCAGUCCUGAUGAUUGGCAGUUCUAUCUCUCCUACUUUGACUCUCUCUUCCAUCUGAUGGACAAGUCCUGGAGCCAGCCUGAGGAAGGAGAGCAGUGAGUACUGUGUGUGUGUCUGUGUGAGUGAGAAAAGCUUAUAUAAUAGCUGACUAGACUAUUCCUCUUGAUGGACGUUUUACGACGUCAUGUAAGAGAAGACCAGAUGGGCUGAUCAAACAAUAAAUAUAAUCUGACUAUCUCCUCUGCCUCCCCUCUCUCUUCACUCUCUCCUUCUCUCCCCCGCCCCUCCCUCUCUAGCUGUGUGGAGGGUCCAGUGCAGACCACGGUGGCGGAGGCAGUGAAGUUUGUGGUGGACAGGAUGGAGGAGCAGGACCUGAAGGAGUCACGUCCUCUCAGAGGGCCCUACCUGGCCUGCUUGGAGCUCAUACACAGACUGAGACAGAGGGGCUGUCCAGAUGAGAAAGACCUAGGUACACACACACACACACACCACAGUUUCCUUGGCUGUUGAUUGUUUGCAUUGACCGUUUUGAUUGGUUGUUGGCUUCAGGUGAUCCGUUGGAGCUGAUGGUUCAGUUCUUUGGGAAGUUUGGAGACAAACCCUGCUGCAUUACUGACCUGAAUAUAUACCUUCACCUUCUGCCCCCUGAGCAACGCUCACAGGUACACACACACACACAUUCUCACCUGCAGAAUACCACCAGUAGUGGGAGUUGAUCACCAACCAAGCCCUUGAUGAGUUUAAUAUGAUAAUAUCCAUUUUGCUCCUCUCCUUCCUUUCCUCCUCCCUGUAGUUUAAAAACCGUCUGGGGGAGUUGGUUCCGUUGGGGGAGGCGGGGGAGGAUGGCUUUGGGUUUCCGGGGGAUACGAAGGCGUUGCAGAGACACCUGUGUGUCUGUCAGCUGAGCCGGGCGUUGGGACUGCAACACGCUCUGGACACAGAGGGCAAGCUACGCCUCAUCACAGAACUCAAAGCCCACUACCAUCACGGACUACAGUUCGGUAAGAACAGCAGCACCCCUCUAUCUCUCUCUCUCCUAAUCCUUCUCUCUCGCUCUCACUACCACUAUGUGGGUUACAAUUUGGUAAGGGCAUACAUUCCUCUAUAUGUCUCUAUCCGUCUUUAUCCACCCCUCUCCGUCUAUCCAACAUUUUGUGCAUCUAACUUAAAAACUGCUGGAAGAGAUGCAAUGCCAAUUUUAGGAAGACCCAGAGAAAUGGUUUGAGUCUGACUAUAGUUAGUGUGUGUGUGUGUGUAACAGGGAAGUCGUGUCUGAAGACAGAGCUCCAGUUCUCUGAUAUGUACUGUCUCAUGGCCGCUCACGUCUACAUCGAUCUCUGGACAGAAACUGGUGAGUCGCCACUCUCGCUUUCUCUCCGCCCUCUCACUUAAUGUACGCUCUUUCAUCUCUCUCCCUUUCUCUUGCUCUCUUUCUCUCUCUCCUUCUCUGUCUCCUCCUCUCACUGUCUCUGGGCAUUUGUUAACAAACAAACAUACAACUGUGUGUCUCUGUGUGUGUGUGUGUGUGUGUGUGUGUGUGUGUGUGUUAGGCGAUGAGAACAUGCUGUGGCAGUGUCUAGGUGUGUUAGAGGAGGGUUUGUCCUUCAGUCCCUCCAACGCUCAGUUCAAACUGCUGCUGCUGCUUCUCUUCUGUCGCCUGGGAGCCUUCCAGCCCGUAGUGGACCUCUACUCCAGCCUGGACGCCAAGCACGUACAGCACGACACCAUAGGGUGGGUCUAUAGUACACACGCAUCACGAUACAAUAGGAUUACCAUAACCAAUGCACUAAUCCUUAUAUUCUCUCCCAGGUAUCUGUUAACUCGUUAUGCUGGCUCGUUGGGGCAGUUUGCUGCAGCCUCCCAGUCCUGUAACUUCUCCCUCAGGUUUUUUCACUCCAACCAGAAAGAUGUGAGACCCUGUCGCAUCUAAAUAUGUCAUAAAUAUGGAAUAUAUUCUGAUGAUGUUCCCCUAGUCUUUUCUCACCUCUGUCCUCCUUCCUCUUCUCAUUUCUCUCCUUCUCCCCCAGACCUCAGAGUACAUCAUCCAGGCCUAUAAGUAUGGAGCGUUUGAGAAGAUCCCAGAAUUCAUAGCGUUUAGAACCCGGCUCAACCAAUCGCUGCACUUCGCUCAGGUCCGCACAGAGAGGAUGUUACUGGACCUGUACACCGAGGCUGACGUGUUAGUACACACACACACACACACACACACACACACACACACGCACACACACACACACCUGUAACAUAUUCCUGUUUUGUUCCAGCACAUCGAGUCUAGAGGAGAGUGUGAAGGCUAUGGGUGUGUGUCCUGAGGAGGAUGACAUUCCCUGGGACAACAUGAGAGACAACAGAGACCUGACUGUCCUCGUCAGCUGGGACCCCAAGGACAGGUACACACACACAUACCAAGGACUUUUUAUUUAUUUUAUUUUUUAUUUUAUUUCACCUUUAUUUAACCAGGUAAACCAGUUGAGAACAAGUUCUCAUUUACAACUGCGACCUGGCCAAGAUAAAGCAAAGCAGUGCGAUAAAAACAACAACACAGAGUUACAUAUGGGGUAAAACAAAGUCAAAAAUACAACAGAAAUACAUAUAUAUACAGUGUGUGCAAAUGUAGCAAGUUAUGGAGGUAAGGCAAUAAAUAGGCUAUAGUGCAAAAUAAUUACAAUUAGUAUUAACACUGGAAUGAUAGAUGUGCAAGGGAUGAUGUGCAAAUAGAGAUACUGGGGUACAAAUGAGCAAAAUAAAUAACAAUGUAGGGAUGAGGUAGUUGGGCGGGCUAAUUUCAGAUGGGCUGUGUACAGGACUUCAGAUGGACUUGUAUCAGUGUUUCUCCUACAGUCAUUUAGCUGUGGUGCUGCGCCACGGCAAAAUCAUUGCAGCCACGCCACCAAAAUAUGGAACAUGGAAAAAUAUAUUUCUGCCAAGGUGUACUUUGAAGAUGCUAAAACAGUCCACAGACUUUUCCUCUGCAAACAAAAUGAGUAAUGAAUAGAAAAACCAGACAACCCCAUAGUAGAAUAGUUUAUCUAUUUACCUAGUCAUCUUGAUGUGCGUUCUAUUCGAGAUAAAUAUUCCUCUCAAGGCACAUUCAAGUUGCGAGUGCCAUAUAUGCAUUCUGACAAGAAGUCAAUGCACAACAAUUCAUAAUAGAAUCAUGGGGAAAACAGUAGUUUUAAUGGCCUUUGUUAAAAUAGGGGGAUCCAAGCUUUCCAUUCCUACUUUAUUUAUCAACUCCUAAAUAUGCGUGAACUGCAGUAUUUUAAACCCAGUUUUUAGAUGUUGCCUGGUUAAGCAUGUUACCAUGUGGCAAUUAGCAGUGAGUGCAUAGGGGAGAGUGGUGCUCAAUGUAACACGGGUGAAAACGCCACCCUACCUCAAAAUAAUUUUUGGGGAGUGACUUAAAAAAUUGUGAUGAGACAGAUUACAUUUUUAGUCGAGCAAGAGUAGUGACAUUGAGAAGUACAGGUAGGUUACGUUUUACCCCAUGUUACCCUAACAGGUAGGCCUACAUUAUAUUCACUGUUUUUAUGCCAGUUUUGUGGGACAUAAAAUGAAUCAUUAUGAUGCUAACUAGUUAACAGAUCACAUUUGGGAUCUAGCUAAUGAUUAGCUCAAUGGGGUAGAUGCAGAUAGGCAACCCCAUGCUUCAGCCUAUUUAUUUAUAGCCACUAUGCUGCUAUCAGUUGAGCUACAGGUGAUAAUGCUUAUGCUAGCAUACCUGAUAAUAUGGACCAUGCAUAGGCUAUAUGCAUGGUCCAAUAUGUGACAAUAAUUGUAGUAACAAAUCAUUUUACCAAUGUGUUAUUGGGCUAAUUUCUGGAGAUGGAAAUUAUAUUUUAUAUGGUGUCAUUAUAAUAACAUUUUCAUUCAUUUUGGAGUAGAAUGUCCUUUUAAAAAGUCACCUGAACUGAGCUUCUCAGUCCUUCUACAUAAAAAUGAUCUGUGGGGGGGAGCCCGGACCCCGAAAACGAGGGGGAGAGACAACCCCUUAAACCCCCCUCCAUGAAGGUUUCCCCCACUGCUAUAAUUUUUUGUAGAGGAAACACUUGACUUGUAUAACACGUUAUUUGUUGACGUCACAUUUCACAUAUGUCAUUCUGUGAAAACGACAGUUAAUUGUGUGUGUGUUCCAGGGAGCUGACUGAGGAGCAUCGUCGUCUGUCUCUAGAAGAGGAGUCCGUCUGGUUGAAGGUUCGCUCUCUCACACUCCGCCUCCUCGCCUCAUUGGCUCUGCUCGGACAUGCCCCCUCGCCACGGAACUCUGAUAAGACCAAUGAGAACGGUAUAUCGGCCAAAAGCUCCACCCUCCAGACCCUCCUCUCCCAGCUAGAUCAGACGCUAGAGACCGCAGCCCAGAUCACAGAGAAACAGACACAGGUACACACACUAAUAUAUAAUGUAAUAUAUGCUAUUUAGCAGACGCUUUCAUCCAAAGGGACUUAUAAUUGGUGCAUACAUGUUCAUAUGGGAGGCCCCAGCAGGAAUCAAACCCACGACCCUGAAGUUGCUAGCGCCAUGCUCUUACCAACUGAGCCACACAGGACCACUAACUGUUGUUGUGUUGUUCCAGUACCCGUUCCUGGGCCCUCCCUCCUCCCGCCUGGCCUCUGCUCUGUCUAGUGGCAGCUGUCACUGUCAGGUCUCUGCUCUGCAACUAUCACUGACUCUACGAGAACUAGAGACCACUGGACUGGGUAAGACAGGGAGAUGAGGGGAGAUGGGGGGGGGGGGGGGGAUGGAGAGAGAGAGAGGGAUGUAGGGUCCCCUACCACUUGCCUCAACCGUCUGUCCAUCUACAGGAGCAGGAGGACUGGGAAGGAGAGGGAGAUGGGAGGGAGAGUGGGUGGGUGGCUAGAGAAGGUGUAAUGGAGAGGGGAAGAGGAGAAAGGAUGGAUAUCUUUGUCAUGCUCUUUAUUCUAUUUCUUUUUCUCUCAAGACGACUCAUCGGAACUCCAAACCCAGAUCUGUAACACCUUCAAAUCAUUAGUAGUACAACUCCAAGGUAAGCCAUCACAGACAUCUUUGUUAAAGAUGACAAAAUGUCCACGGUAAUAAUGACUGUCUAGUCAGCCACAGGAGAUGUCAUGGCUUCAGAUCUCUAGUCGAGUUAUCACUAGUGUAGUGGAUCAUUCUUAUUCCCCAUGCUGAUCUGUGCCCCCCCCCCCCCCCCCCCCCCCGUCCCCCCCCCGUCCCCCCCCCGUCCCCCCCCGUCCCCCCCCGUCCCCCCCGUCCCCCCCCCCAGAGAUGUUAUCCAGAUGUAAAGGAGAAGUGUUGGAGAUGAAAGACAGCAGAUUGAAGACCCAACCCUCCCUAUUAGAAACACUGGUCUUCUUCGUGGAGGUCAGCGUAUUACACGUAUAGUCACGCUAAAUAUACAUCAGUAAUACUUCACUAAAAUGUAAAGGUAUUAUAAUAUGAAACAUGCAGAUGCACAGCAAUACGUGGUGUGUGUGUCUCCUGGUCAGACGGUGUGUGUGGUGCUGUGGGUGGCCAGUUACUCUGCCAACGUACUGCGACCGCUCAAGUCCAGUCUACAGAAGAAGAAGAAGAAGAAGAAGGACAUCAACACAGCCAUGGUACACAGUUUCUACCGUCUCAUCCUUACCUUUGUGCUCCUACAACCCUUCUCUGGCAUGACCCCAUCAGUUUUCACACCAUACUAGGGGUGUGAAUGUUUAAAUGUUCAAAUAUUUAAAUGAAAUUGGGAUUCUUAAUGUUAAGAAAAGUCCCAAACUGAAAAACAAUGUUAUUUAGUUUUUUCCCCCACAAAAUUAAAAUAGCAUUGCAGUUGCAAAAACAUAUUAUUUUCUGUGUUAAAGCCUAACUAGACGAUAGGCUAUAAAGGUCUGGGGAAAGUUGUCAUUUAAAUAAAACCAGGGAGGAAGAGUUGGACUUUAGACUACUUUGGUGAAUGUUUUCCAUAGUCAUUACGCCUUUUUCUGUUGCAAAACAUUUCUUAAACGGAAGCAAACUAAACAAGGCGGGACCUACCUGCAUUUGUCCAAUAGAAACUCUUGUUUUAGUGGCAAAAUGUUUUGCAACUGUUUAGACUAAUGAUUACACCCAUGCUCUUUCUCUUCGCUAAUGAUGCGAGUGUGUUCAGUCUUCGGUCUGUUGCGUGUAGAAUAUCCUAGCCUGUUCAUUGAUGAAAGGCCCUGCUUUACUGAAGUUGCGAGAUACAGCAUUCCAUUGUGAGAUACAGCUUUUAAUUACCGAUAGAUAGGCCUAGUGCACGGUUCUGACUGUCUGCCUGGUGGCUGACCUGCCUAUACUGUGCCCCUCCCCUCUCUCGCCAGCCCUCGCUUGCUCGCUAUGAAAGAUGUGAGUGUUCUCGGAAGUACAGCAACUAAUGUCAACUCUGUUCCAAAAAUACUGAAUCUUAGGAGUCGAUUACUAGCGGAAUCGAAUCUUGACACAGAAAUGGUAGUCGACACUGUGAGUCCGACGUGCAAGGAGUCGAGGAAUCAAUUAUUUUGGCGUUGACAUUCCACCACUACCUACUCAUCAAUAAUAGUUGGCAAUGCAAAUAGUCUGGGUAGCCAUUUGAUUAGAUGUUCAGGAGUCUUAUGGCUUGGGGGUAGAAACUAUUUAGAAGCCUCUUGGACCUAGACUUGGCGCUCAGGUACCGCUUGCUGUGCGGUAGCAGUGAGAACAAUCUAUGACUAGGGUGGCUGGAGUCUUUGACACUUUUUAGGGCCUUCCUCUGACACCGCCUGGUAUAGAGGUCCUGGAUGGCAGGAAGCUUGGCCCCAGUGAUGUACUGGGCCGUACGCACUACCCUCUGUAGUGCCUUGCGGUCGGAGGCCGAGCAGUUGCCAUACCAGGCAGUGAUGCAACUAGUCAGGAUGCUCUCGAUGGUGCAGCUGUAGAACCUUUUGAGGAUCUGAGGACCCAUGCCAAAUAUUUUCAGUCUCCUUAGGGGGGAAUAGGUUUUGUCGUGCCCUCUUCACGACUGUCUUGGUGAGCUUGGACCAUGUUAGUUUGUUGGUGAUGUGGAAACCAAGGAACUUGAAGCUCUCAACCUGCUCCACAAUAGCCCCGUCGAUGAGAAUGGGGGCAUGCUCAGUCCUCUUCUUUUUCCUGUAGUCCAAUCAUCUCCUUUGUCUUGAUCACGUUGAGGGAGAGGUUGUUGUCCUGGCACCACACGGCCAGGUCUCUGACCUCUUCCCUAUAGGCGGUUUCAUCGUUGUCGGUGAUCAGGCCUACCACUGUUGUGUCAUCGGCGAACUUAAUGAUGGUGUUGGAGUCGUGCCUGGCCAUGCAGUCAUGAGUGAACAGGGAGUACAGGAGGGGACUGAGCACGCAACCCUGAGGGGCCCCCGUGUUAAGGAUCAGCGUGCCGGAUGUGUUGUUACCUACCCUUACCACCUGGGGGCGGCCCAUCAGGAAGUCCAGGAUCCAGUUGCAGAGGGAGGUGUUUAGUCCCAGGGUCCUUAGCUUAGUGAUAAGCUUUGAGGGCACUAUGGUGUUGAACGCUGAGCUGUAGUCAAUGAAUAGCAUUCUCACAUAGGUGUUCCUUUUGUCCAGGUGUGAAAGGGCAGUGUGGAGCGCGAUAGAGAUUGCAUCAUCUGUGGAUCUGUUGGGGUGGUAUGCAAAUUGGAGUGGGUCUAGGGUUUCUGGGAUAAUGGUGUUGAUGUGAGCCAUGACCAGCCUUUCAAAGCACUUCAUGGCUACAGACGUGAGUGCUACCAGUCGGUAGUCAUUUAGGCAGGUUACCUUAGUGUUCUUGGGCACAGGGUCUGCUUGAAACAUGUUGGUAUUACAGACAGGGAGAGGUUGAAAAUGUUAGUGAAGACACCUGCCAGUUGGUCAGCGCAUGCUCUGAGUGCACGUCCUGGUAAUCCGUCUGGCCCUGCGGCCUUGUGAAUGUUGACCUGUUUAAAGGUCUUACUCACAUCGGCUACGGAGAGUGUGAUCACACAGUUGUCCGGAACAGCUGAUGCUCUCAUGCAUGUUUCAGUGUUACUUGCCUCGAAGCAAGCAUAGAAGUAAUUUAGCUCGUCUGGUAGGCUCGUGUCACUGGGCAGCUCGCGGCUGUGCUUCCCUUUGUAGUCUGUAAUAGUUUGCAAGCCCUGCCACAUCCGACGAGCGUCGGAGCCGUUGUAGUACGAUUCGAUCUUAGUCCUGUAUUGAUGCUUUGCCUGUUUAAUGGUUCUUCGGAAGGCAUAGCGGUAUUUCUUAUAAGCUUCCAGGUUAGAGUCCCGCUCCUUGAAAGCAGCAGCUCUACCCUUUAGCUCAGUGCAGAUGUUGCCUGUAAUCCAUGGCUUCUGGUUGGGGUAUGUACGUACAGUCACUGUGGGGACGACAUCAUCGAUGCUCCUCAAUGCCAUCGGAAAAAACCUGGAACGUAUUGCAGUCUGUGCUAGCAAAAAGUCCUGUAGCUUAGCAUCUGCUUCAUCUGACCACUUUUUUUAUUGACAGAGUCACUGGUGCUUCCUGCUUUAGGUGAAAUUGAGGUACAGUAAUGGUAGUACAGCUGCAAUGCUUAACUAUCUGAAAGGGACGCACCUUGAGUCCCAAACCGUUGCUGGCAGCAGCAUUGUGAAUUUGCAUUUUAUGAAAUGUUCUUAUCGUUUUAACAGAAAAAACCCCAAAAGGCAGUUUAAGCAUUUUUUUAUAUUUUUAUUCACAUCCCUACACCAUAGCCAUUCACGCAAUAGCUCUCUGCCCCCUCCGUCUGUCCCUAUAGCCAGUGGUGCUGUGUGGCUUCCAGGAGUGGACAGGCAGCCUUCAGGGCAUUGUGACCCAGGCUCUGGAUCACGUGAAGGGGCAGGAGGCCAGCCUGACGGCCCUCAAACUAGCAGCACUCACCCUGGAGGAGGGACACUCGCAGACACAGGUUGGUAGGGCUGGGUGUGUGUAUGAAUGAUUGAUUUGUGCCUAAGCAUUGGCUUAGUUUCUUAGUUCAAAGCUUCUUUCUGUUCUUUAUUCCCCCCCCCCCCCCCCCCUUCUCUCUCUAUUCUUUAUCCCCCCCCCCCCCCCCCCCUUCUCUCUCUAUCUGUACCUCUACCCUCUCUUUCUGGCUGUCUCUCUAUCUGUACCUCUACCCUCUCUUUCUGGCUGUCUCUCUAUCUGUACCUCUACCCUCUCUUUCUGGCUGUCUCUCUAUCUGUACCUCUACCCUCUCUUUCUGGCUGUCUCUCUAUCUGUACCUCUACCCUCUCUUUCUGGCUGUCUCUCUAUCUGUACCUCUACCCUCUCUUUCUGGCUGUCUCUAUCUGUACCUCUACCCUCUCUUUCUGGCUGUCUCUCUAUCUGUACCUCUACCCUCUCUUUCUGGCUGUCUCUCUUUCUUUCCCUCUCUCGCUCCCAGGAGGAGUGUGGGUUUACGAGGGCAGCCAUGGACAAGGUUCAGAGUAGUUAUCUUGGCUCGCUGCAGGAGCUGGGAGAUCUACUGAGGAAGAGAGCUGAUUCGCUGAUUCGCCUCAAGAUCUGA